AUGCACCACUUCAAUCAACGCAAUUCAUUCCUCUCGGGAAACAGACCACGACGGAAACCGAGUGAUGUUCUCUUCGAUCAUCAGGUGUACCUACAUAACCAAGGAACAAGAUAUCGUUGGAGUGAACAACAGUCAAAGAUAUUUCAGGACUACGUCCAAGAAUUUCCAGAUCAUUACGCAUAUAAUAUCGAGUCACUUCUGGAGAGACUAGAUCUUCAUGGCUAUGAAGGAAUUGAGACGAAGCAAGGCCUCAACUUCAAAGGGAAGAUCUUGAUUCCAAAAGUGUUGCGGAAGAUUAUAAAUAUUAUUACCGAUUCUGCAAAAAAUAAUCAUAGCAGUAAUCAACGCACUUCGCAUAAUCAAAACUCGGACUCCUUUACUAAAGCGAAGCGUCGUUAUGCGCCCCGGCCUAUGCCAAACCUCCCAAGCGGGAAUACUGAGCCCGGUCACAGCUACCAUACCGCCACGCAAACUCCCGCGUGGUCCAGACGCCUACCUUCGGAUAUGUACGGAAGUCAGGACCUGCGUAGGAACGAUGAGGUUAUGAUCGUAUUACGCUCACUUAUGGAAAAAGUGCACGACUUAGAGGACAUUAUAGGUGUAAAAGUCGAGGACGUAGCCGACGCUUGGAGCCGCAGUAGUACGUCGGACAAUAGCCAAGUAUAUCGGUAG